UGUUGUCAUUGUGGAAAAAAUCUCGAUUAUGUUCUACGUGCAAUUGGUAGCUUCGUACAUUAAUUGUAAAAUAACUUUACCCCAGUCCAUUGUCCUCAAGGGUGGCAAUGCUUAAGUAAAAGCCGCAUUUUCCAAGUACGUGCACUGAAUCGAGGGAAAGUGUGUGAAUAAUCCGUGAGCAAAAGGAGACGGCGCAUUCGGGCUGGAGCGUUUCAAGGCAACCGAGAUGGAUUUCUCACCGAGUCCAGACAGUGAUACUUCUGGCUACUAUAGAAAUCGCUGCCGACGUGAUGAGCGCGACCGGGGCAAUCGAGGAAGAUCGAAGGAACGGUACCGCAAUAGCAGCCGGUACAGCCGCAGCCGGUCGCGGUCGUACAGCAGGGAGCGCUACUCCUAUCCCCGGCAGCGCAGCACCGAACGCGACUCGUACCGGGAUGGGAACGAACAAACGUACGAUGAUGGCGGUUGGGACAGCCGCGAAAGGUUUCGUGAACGCAGUCGCGAACGGGAUCGCGAUCGUAGAUCCCGCGAACGGGAUCGAUACCGCGAUCGAAGGGAUCGCGAUAAGGGCGGCCGUCGUGGCGGAUAUUCGCCUAGCUCGAUGGAUGAUGGGGAAAAUUUUGACAGUGACAAUGAGUUUUUCCAUCAACAAAAGCCCAACAAUAACAUCAUCAUUCGCGGGCUAGCCCCACAGGUCACUGAAGCUGACAUCAACAGCGAUCUCAUCCAGUGCGGGCUGCAGGCACUGCACGUUAGGCUGAUCCGGAAACGAAAGACAGGUGAAUCGAGGGGUUUCGCAUUUGUCGAGUUUCGCACAGAAGAGGAAGCAACUCGGUGGAUAUGUUACAAACAGGGAGUGCUGGUGUUCAACGGUCAACAUGCCGUCAUGCAGUACACCUUUUCGAUGCCGACCAAAUUCCAAACCGAUUGGUAUUGUGCUAAGUGCUACGCGUUCAACUUCCGGCGCAGGGAGAACUGCUUCAAGUGUCAUGCGUCGCGCGAGGACAGCGAAAUUGGCGGUGACGGGAGCGACGAGAUGAGCAACAUUCUGACGAAAAAAAUCAUGCUCCGCAAUCUGGAUGUGCUGACGAACGAGGAAAGCGUGAUGGGCGUCAUGCAGAAGCAGCUGCCCGCUGAGCUGGUGCAGAAAGUCGGAAAGGUGGUCAUCUGCCGCGAUCCACUGACGUCAAUUUCGCGCGGGAUGUGUUAUGUGCAUUUUGAAAAUCUGGUCGAUUCGAUGAACACGCACAACGCUCUGAAGGAGCUCGAUCCACCGCUCAGAAUCGACGGUCGGGAUGUAAUCAUUUCGUACUGCAUGGACACGGAGAACAGGAACUUGAUGAAGCAGCAUCCGCAUGGCCAUCCGCAGGGCAGGGAAGGCAAUCGGCAGGGCAACAGCAACCAAGCGCACGGUGCCGGCCAAGGCAACAGUGGCAGCACGCACUCGAAUAGUUUCCAGGGCAAUGGCGCCAACAAUGGUGGCUAUCGAAACGACGGAGCAAACAACAAUUAUGAUCGCAACAGCAAUUACGCACACAACCACAGUUCGCACGGAAUGAAUAAGAAUUCCGGUGGUGGUGGUGGUGGUGGUGGUAGUCGGGGAGCUUUUCAGGACAUUAGUGCUGCACCGCCAAGCGGAUCUUCGUCUGGUCCGUCGGGUAUGGCUUCCGCUUCGUCCUCUUCGUCCGCUGCUAUGGCCGGUGGCAUUCCCGAAAACUAUACCCUUGCCGAUGUGCCACGUUUGGCGGAGUACAGCGCAUCUAUGUACGCGUCGAAUGCGGCCGAACACAAACACUAUCUGCAGUACUACACCGAAUACUACACAAAUCAACUGUCGGCUAGUGACGUUGGGCAGGUGGCAGGACCACGCGCGCCAGGUGGUUUGGGUGAAACGGCCAACAAUGGUGCUGCCGUUGCUCAGUCUGCAAUAGCACGGAAACAGCAAGCCGGCCCUAACAAUGGCAAAUCGGAGAAGAGUGAUGUGUACGGUCCUGUGAUGAUGGGUGCUUCAAACUCAACGUCAGUUCCGGCUGGCCCGCAGCUUCCGGUUCCGAAUGGUGUCGAUGGACGAAAGUAUCCUACACCGGACACCUCCCUCUAUCAGUACGAUGAAACGUCCGGCUUUUAUUACGACCCUACCACCGGGCUGUAUUACGAUGCCAACUCCCAGUACUACUACAACAGCGAAACCAGCUCCUACCUUUACUGGGAUCCGGAAAAUCAAACGUACGUAGCCGCGCCGGCCUCAUCAUCCACCACGUCCAGCCAUUCCGCGGCGGCUGCUGGCUCGCAGCAAAUGCAAGCGAGCAAAUCGGAAAGCGUUGGCCCGCCUGCAGCUGCUGCUACCUCGCAGGCUGAAAAUGCGGAAAAGAUGGAAAAGUCGAAAUCAAAAGAACAAGCCCCACCGCAGGAUAAGGUGAAAGUUGCCAAAAAGAUUGUGAAAGACAUGGAGAAGUGGGCGAAGCAGCUAAAUCAAAAGAAGGACUACAGUGUGAUCCAACCGCCUGCACGCGUGGAAGAGGCGACGCUUUAUUCUUCGCUCGGACCCUCGAAACCGCUGUCCGAAUCGCUCGGCGGACUCGGCAGUGCGGGUUACGCAGAUGUGGGAUUUUCGCUGCUGGAGAAAAAGGAGCGUGCUGGUGGUGGUGGUGGUGGUGGCGGCGGAAGUGCAGCGACCAUGAUGGCUGGUGGAUUGGGAGGAAGCGCCGGUUCGUCCUAUCCUUCUGGCGGUGCCGGUGUGAGUAAAUCCGUCACAAGUGCCACCUCGGCGUACGGUGGUUCGGAUUCGGACAAUGAGUUCGGGGACGGCGAUGGUCCUGCCGAUCGCGAUCUGGUUGAUUUCGAUCGGUUAACCUGUCUGCUCUGCAAGCGUGCAUUCCAAUCGCAGGAAAUUCUAAUGAAGCAUAUCAAAAUGUCUUCACUGCACAAAGAAAACCUUCAAAAGCUCAAUGCAAAUUUCCAAGCCAGCGGUGGUGGUGGCGGCUCGAGGGGCGGCGGUGGCAGUAGCGACGGUGGGUCCGGAGGUCCAUACAACGGGUUGCAGUACCGGGAUCGUGCCAAGGAGCGGCGCGCGAAGUACGGUGAGGUUGAAGCGCCACCGGUCAAUCGAAGCAAGGAACGGUUCCAGCGCGAGAUUGAGAAGCAAACCCAGUCGUCGUCGGCCUACCCGCAGGGCACUGCUUCGGCGGUACCGAUCGGGCAGAAUAACAUUGGCAAUAAGUUGCUGCAAAAGAUGGGAUGGUCCGAGGGACAGGGUUUGGGUCGAAGCAAUCAAGGACGUGUUAACAUAAUAGAGGCGGAAGCGCGCGUAGCAAACGUUGGCUUGGGCAUUAAGGCGGCAGCCCAGUUCGGACGCACGACGGACGAUUACAAAACGUACAUAAAGAAAAUGAUGAAAUCGCGCUACGAGCAGGUGGACGUGAAAGACUAAACGCAACCGUUUUUUGUGGCGUUGAACGCUUUCGAGCGCCGACUGUUUUAUAGUUAAUUUAAUCGCUGCUCUUCGCCGGGCAGCGUCCUAUUUACGUAUAGAAUUCUCUCCUACGCACUUGUAAUAUAAUGUUUUUGUAGCAAGUUUUACUCUCAAGCCAUCAUGAACUGAGCUUGUGUCUACCUUCCGUUAGCCAGCAUUUAAUGGCUGCUAGCUUGUUUACACAAACACUCACACACACAAAGGAACGCCGUCAUACCUUUUGUAUUUUAUUUAAGCAAACUUUCGAAUGCACAGUAAUCGUAUACAUGUUUCUCUUUAGAACUGUAUAGAAAACUAAAUUUUGGCAAUAAAACAUCUAUUUGAACGAUUGA